AUGGCUGAUAAUCCACAACGUCAUCCGAAUUUAAAUCUCACGCCGGAAGAAAAACAUGUUUUCUACCAGCUCUUCCAGGUCGCUGAUACCACCAACCUUGGCGUCAUUACCGGCGAGACUGCCGUCCCCUUUUUCGAGAAGACACACCUUCCCUCCGGUACUCUUGGUGAGAUAUGGCAGCUCGCGGAUAAAGAGAAUAGGGGUCUUUUGACUCCCUCCGGAUUUGGCAUUGUUUUACGAUUGAUUGGACAUGCCCAGGCUGGCCGUAUACCGUCCGAAGAGCUGGCAUUGCAAGCUGGUCCUUUGCCCCGAUUCGAAGGCGUUUCAGUUGAUUUGAAUGUACCGAUACCGGAUUCUCGCGCUAUUAGUCCUCCGCCGACUGCUUCUUCAUCAUCCAUCCGAGUGCCUCCUCUCCAGCAUGAAGAUGCAGUCAAGUUCGUGUCUCUUUUUGACAAGUCUGACAUUGUGAAUGGAAUGAUUUCUGGCGAGGCCGCUAAGCAGAUAUUCGAACGCGCAAGAUUGCCGAAUGAGGUACUAGGUCGAAUAUGGAAUCUUUCAGAUACAAAGCAGCGCGGUGCACUUGAUGCUACCGAGUUUGUUAUUGCCAUGCAUCUUUUGACUUCUUUCAAAUCUGGUGCCCUGCGCGGUAUUCCUCAGACUUUGCCACCUGGCUUAUACGAAGCUGCGUCUCGCAGAGGGCCUGCACUUGUGCCUGCUGCGCCUGCGCGGCCUUCAUACGCGCGGCCCGAAGUUCCUCCCGUCCCGUCAAUCCCCAAGCAGUUCACUGGCCCUCAGCGGACGGCUAGCCCAAUGAGCCCCGUUGGCAGAACUUUUGCAGGUCAAUUGUCUGCGCAAACAACUGGAGCUGAGUGGCUGAUCAGCCCCCAAGAGAAGGCACACUUUGAUACCAUCUUCGAGACUGUUGAUACUGCCAAGGUCGGAGUCAUCACUGGUGAUCAGGCUGUCACAUUUUUUAUCAAGGCUCAGCUUCCUGAAGAGGUCCUAGCACAAAUUUGGGACCUUGCCGAUAUUGACGCCGAUGGCCAGCUUACACGCGAGGAGUUUGCCGUGGCCAUGUAUCUUGUUAGAUUGCAACGUGGUGGAAAGGAGCCCUUGCCGCAGGUGCUUCCCCCAGCCCUGAUCCCUCCGAACAUGCGUCGCCAAGCUCCCGUACCUGCAGCUCCUGUCGCAGCUCCCGCGCCGCCACCCGCUCCUCUACCACGGUCUGCGGCAGAUGACUUGUUCGGCCUCGAUUCACCAUCACCCCCACCUGCCCAGACUCAGUUUCCCCAGUCUACAGGUGGCUCAAACCCCGCAUUCCAUAUCCCUGCUUCCCCAACUUCCAGAUCUUCACCUCUUGCAGCUUCGACUACCUUCAAGCCAUUCAUUCCAACAUCAUCCUUCGGCCAGACUCUGCACCCGCAGAUGACUGGUGCUUCUUCGGGAACACCAGUUUCCAUUCGGUCGCCUGCACCUCCCGCAGAUGAUCUCCUUGGUGAUAGUGAUCCUGUAGAAUCAAGUAAGCUCACACAGGAAACUACCGAGCUUGCAAAUCUAUCAAACCAGAUCGGCUCUCUUGCGACUGAGAUGCACAAUGUGCAAGAAAAGCGCACAACUGCUGAGCAUGACAUUUCGCAAACAUCGCAGCAGAAACGUGACUUUGAAGCAAGACUUGCGCAAGCACGUGCAAUGUAUGAACAAGAGGUUGCAAACUAUAAAGCCCUGGAAGAGCGUCUGAAGACCUCCAAGGCUGAGACCGUCAAGUUGCAGCAGGAGUACGCCCUGAUCGAGGGCAGUCGCCAGGAUCUGCAGACGCAGUACACUCAGAUCUCAACCGCACUGGCCUCCGACCAACAGGAAAAUGCUAGUCUUAAGGAAAAGAUCCGUUAUGCCAAUGCAGAAGUUGCAAAGCUCAAGCCGGCUUUGGAAAAGGCUCGAUCAGAUGCCCGACAACACAAGGGUCUGGUUGCUAUCAACAAAAAACAGCUCGCCACUGUUGAAAGUGAACGGGACAAAGUGCAGGGCGAGAUUGACAGCCUGUCCCAGGAAGCACAACAGCAUGUCGAGGAAUCCGCGAGAGCAAUCAGCCCUUCUGCCGACGUUGCUAGCCCUGCUGCUUCCAAUGCAAGCCAGAACACUAACCCCUUCUUCCGCCGUGCUGCCACAAGCCCUAGUGAGCGUGCUGUUUCCCCAGACGCUCCCACGGACCAGCAGAAGACAUUUGACAGCCUAUUUGGACAGUCAUUCAUGGCCCCAGCAUUGAGCGGCGCGCCACCUACCUCAUUCCACGCUGAGUCGCCGCAGACUUUCGCCAAGUCUCCCAUUCCUUCUAAUGUUCCCAGUCCGUCUGUUUCCCCGGCUCCUGUAUCUUUGCCUGGAUCUUUCCCCAGCGGUGAUCCCCCGACUCCCAUACCAUCCCACCUCAUCCCGGGCUUUUCGUUCAAUGAAAACCAGUCUGUGACCUCAUCUACGGUGGUUUCUCCCCCUGCAAGCCGGUUCGGCGGUCCCGAGGGUACAGCUAGUGAUUUCGGCCCACCAUCGGCUACUGGAUCGAGUGAAUACAGCCACGUUCCAACUUCCGCUGUUGACGGUACCGUGGCGCGAUCUCCGUUUGACGAGUUUUCUCCGGAGGUUACCUCGACCGCUGAGGUUGCAGCAUUUGAGACACCUGAUUCUGCACUUUCCCCCACAGCUACUGGUAACGAGGAAGCUUCCAAAGAUCUGUCAUUCGACGAGCUAUUUGGUAGCAAGGCUCAUAAGCGCUCUGAGUCUGAGAAUGCAAACGACUUUGAAGAGGCUUUCGCAUCUUUGAAGCCUCAGCACUCUGGCUUUGCAUCGGAUGACGCCCCACAAGCAGCUACUUCCGAAUUCCCUCCCAUCCAAGAACUUCAUCCAGAGGAUGAAGAUGAGGAAAGCUCUGAUGAUGAGAGUGUUCGGGGGUUUGACGACAACUUUGAACCUGUUGUUAGCAAGAAGGAGAAGCAGGCCGAUACCAUCGACGCUUCUCAACUUGCUGCUUUCCCAACUCCAGGUUCAUCUCUUCCUCAGCCUCCAUCUGCAGAUGCUCAGCAAAGCCCUCCUACGUAUGAGGACGGUUCCGGCGACAGUACUUUGCCCGCAGAGUUCAACGGCUUAUUGCCAGAGCGUGCGGACCCCACCCUUGCCCCUGAUGCUCCUCACUCGGUAGAAGCGAGCACCGGAGCUCCCAUCGUAGGAGGGUUGCCCCAACACGAUGAAGCCUUCACAACUGACUCUGCUGCCGCUUUUGGCGAAGUAAAGACCGGUGGUACUGACUUCGACGCGGCUUUUGCUGGGUUGGACCUUGCACCUGCCAAGGAAGCUGAGGAUGAGGAAGAUGAAGUAGAGGACGACAAGGGAACUGCAGACUUUGAUUUCUCAUUUGACGUGUCUCAAAGCAAUCAUGCAGCUGCAUCAGCCACUGAUGCUAAUAAAGGAGGCUCCUCAGAAUUCUUCGACUUUGACAGUAACGUUCCAACUGCAGCUGCUGAGCUCGCCUCUGCCCCCAACGGCGAUGCCGCUAACCAUGAUUGGGAUGCUCUCUUCGCACCCCUUGAUAACUCCAAACCUGCUUCCGAGGGAAAUACUAAUGGGUCAGACCCCAAGUCACCCGGAUGGGCUCUUAACACCGACACCGGCGAAGAUGACCUGAUCUUGCAACGCUUGACGGGCAUGGGCUAUCCGCGCGACGAAGCCCUUGCAGCUUUGGAGAAGUUUGACUACAAUCUUGAAAAGGCGGCCGACUACUUGACUUCCAAGUAG